UCCAGGUUUUACCUGUGCGUCAGUCUUGCAUUAUAGAACACACACUGAGUGCCGUCUGUCAGUAUCGAUCGUCUCCUCCAACCAGGUACACUUACCGCAGCAUCACCUGGUGUCUACAGGUAGCAUCUCAUUACCUCAAGGUAGACCAGCUCCCGAGAACGACACAGUUGUUAAGUUUUACGGAAGCGAAUAGCACACUUUCGAAAAUGGAGGUUUCUCGUCAGCUUCUCGUUAUUGGGGUGCUGGCCAGCUUGGGUUUGUUGAUGAAAAUAAUUGUGUUUACUAGCCCUGGCUGGGCUGGCGUACAUAUUCCUGUGAAGAAGGCACAACCUGUGUUUAUCGACGAUAUGGUGAUGCCGCCAUGUGAUGACGGAAGUAUUAGCGAAAUCCCGGAAGAUGCCAGGACGGACCAAAUGCGUCGUCUUCCUCCAUGCAAUAUGGUGAAACCGGCACCAUCUAGGAGAGUUGCGAUGCAUGAGGAACACAGGAGAGGAAAACACCACUGUGGUCCCGGUGUACACAUGUCCCUUGGUCUUUGGUACACCGUCACGUGCACUCGCGUCAGUAAACAGGACGGGAAGAGUAGUCCACCACCAACCCCGGAGAUGAUUAUUGAUCGCAAGAAACGCAGCAACCAUGACAGUUCCGAGGAGAUUGACGAUGACGAUGACGACCAUGAUGAUCAUGACAAAAUGAGGAAGAACUGUCACGUGACGUCAUACAAGCACGCCGAUGACGUCGCUAACGAUCUACCCGCUGAGACAAGACCUUUGGCUGAAAUAGUGAAAAACAUUGCACUAUACACGGAUAAGAUGCUGUGUGAGUUCCGAGUAGAGGCCACCAUCGGACUCGCCAUGUCCUUCAUGGGAAUCUUCGCUCUGUGGGUGUAUGCUCGUGGUGGCGCUAGGGGUCGCUGGAGUGCUAUCUUGUCGUUCAUGUCCCUCCUCACAUCCGGUGUCAUCUACCUCGUUGCGGUCGGUAAGGUGGCGUCCGUUCUCAUAAUGGCUCACAAGUAUCUGGAGUUCCAGAUGAGUGACCUCAACGUCCACAUCACUGUGCCAUGGUGCCUCAUUGUCGCCGUGGUCGGCUCCUUGUUGACCUUGGUCGCAACCUUCGGAAUGCUUCUAGUUCUAUCUAGGGGACACAACACCCGUGAUAUCGCAAAGCCAUAUGCAGUGGGCAUGAACGAGAACGGCAAAUAUGCCCGUUUCGUCAACGACGAAGCCGGCCCACUUCCCAUGAAGGUGAAGUUUUAAGGAAGACAUUCCUGAAAACAUUGUUUUUUUUUUUUUUAUACAUGUAUAGUUUUUUGUGACUUUCCUUUUUUAUAUAUAACCCACUUAUUUGUGAAUGUAAGAACGAGGCUGGCCUUUAUGUACACGAUUCGUAGGAUGUUUGCGGAAUCAUCUCUGAAUACAGUUGUUUGAUGCAAUGACUCCAAUCAGGGACCAUAGAUGAAGAUGUACUGGCAUUGAUGUACUGUGAUGAACAGGCAAUGAUGUACUAUGAUGUACCCGCAUUGAUGUACUGUGAUGAACAGGCUAUGAUGUACUGUGAUGUACCCGCAUUGAUGUACUGUGAUGAACUGGCAAUGAUGUACCCACAUUGAUGUACUGUGAUGAACUGGCUAUGAUGUACUACGAUGUACCCACAUUGAUGUACUGUGGUGAACUGGCUAUGAUGUACUGUGAUGAACUGGCAAUGAUGUACUACGAUGUACCCACAUUGAUGUACUGUGAUGAACUGGCUAUGAUGUAUUGUGAUGAACUCAAUUAAUAAAUUAAUAUCGGAAUAAUCCAGAGAAAAGCUUUCUGUAGUGUUUGCGUUUUUAAAAACUUUUUGUUAGUCUUACUUUAUUUGAUAUUUAUCUUCGAACGCUCAAACAAAUUUUGAAAUUGAUAGCAUUUCUUCUGUAAAGCAAAUGUAGACUGUAUUUGUUUUUCUUCCAAACGUAAUUAAAUACACCAAUUUCAGGCAUAAAGAACUACUAUAGGACGCAUACUUUCGGCUUUGUUGUGAGUACUUACCAAUUAGGCAAACCAGAUAUUUUGUUAUACGGUAUUUUGUAUUUUCAGAAAUAAAAUUUGUUAUUUUGUGUC